AUGCCCGAAAAUAUCGACGGUCGACGCGUUGGACUUGGAGAAAUUCACGGUAGGCGUGAUGGGGUUGGACGAAGCUGUGGCAGGGAAAGUGUUGGCGCGUGGUUUGAGGUGGGAAGCAGCGCGCUGCACAAAUUCAGCACGGCGAGCGGCCUGUCGUGCAACGCCGCCAAGUACUCCUCGCUCGCCGCCGCCACCGACGGCAGCAACGUCGCUGGGUUUCUCAGUCGCGGACUUCGCACCGUCAGUCCGUUCCGAGCCGAUCAGGUAUGGCGCAUUUCCGCGGCAGCAGGGCGCAUCUCGCGCAACCUGCGCCGUGUGUGCGAGGCGGCCGUUUACAGCGCCAGGGCGCACACCUCCCUACAGGCGAUGCUUGUGCUGGGGCCUCAGAUGACGGGUGGGGAUGAUGGAAACGGUAGCGGGGCAGAUAGCAGCGGGAAUACGCCCAAUAGCGACAACAGCACGAGCAGCAGCAACAGCACAAGCCCGUUCUCCCAGCGCGCCAACGGAACUGCGCUUGCAGCUGAGGCUGCGGGCAUACUAGCUGCAUCUAGCGCCAGUCUGUCACAGCAGGCCCUGGCGAUCUACAGCCAGCUGGGCGCGCUGCAGCAGCACAACAACCACGCCAGCACGUUCAACGACCCGCAAGACCCGGAGCUGGACGCCACGAAGCAAGGGCUAGCAGACGCAGCGAACCGCAUCAUUGGUGCUGCUGGGAGGGCUCGGCGCGCAGGGAUGAGGGGAAGCCUGGCCGUGCUGCAGAUGCAGCUCAUGCUGCCCGCUGCUAACAGCAGCGCCGCCACCAGGUUCACAUCGCGGCUCUCUGGGUUCCUGGCACGUGCGUCUUGGGAGCUGGGGGUGAGAGGGAAGGUGGGCCUGGCGACGACUGUGAUCCGCGUGCUGGCAGCGUCUGUGCUCGUGCCCUCCCUCACCAUGUUCCCAUCGCCCUUCCCCUGGAAUUCCCAAACCCAGCUGCGGAUGCAAGCCGUGCAAGACCGGAAGCAGCCUGGGAAGUUUGCAGUGAGCAUCUUUGGAUUCGCUCGAAGUAACAACUAUUUGAUCAACAAACUUGAAGGGGAUACAGACUCCGAGUACAGCAUGACCACCAUUGUGUCAUGUGAUGCCGGCCAGGGCAAGUGGUACGAGAUCGGGUCGACGGCGGAGUCGAAGCUGGAGGUGAGCGGCGAGCUGGGCAUGUCGUGCGUCACGUACAACUUCGUGUUCCGCGGCAUCAACCACAGCCUCAACAGAUUCAGCGUGGUGAAGCGCGGCAUCCGCAUGACCACACCCGCUCGCCAGUCGCAGAUCCAGGGCCUCUCCAAGUCCGCGCUCGCCGUGCGCGACCACCUGCGCUCAGUCUGCGCCGCCAUCGCGCGGCCCCCCGCGCAGGGCACGUCCGCGACGCUGCAAGUGAGCAACGCGCAGCAGACGCUCUCGUGGGCGGAGCUCCCGAACGACGUCGAGGCGGACGUCAAGGUCGCGCUGGGCGACAUCGCGAAUUCCAUGGCGCAGGUUUCCGCGCGCGCGGAACGCGCGUACAACCUGCUUGCGCGGAUCCAGCAGCUGAACGCGCAGCUGAGCCAGAUGGACCGCGUGUUCUUCAUCUGGCAGACGAAGCAGAAGCUGGUGAGCGCCGUGAAGCAGCUGCAGAGCGAGUCGAUGGCCAUCAACAAGGGGCGCGUUAGCAUCAUGAAGUCGGCGCAGAUCGCCACGCGGCGCGUGAACAAGGUGGAGAACAAGCUCGGCAACCUGCGCGGCAAACAGACGCUGCUGCUGAACCUGAACGACAUUGUGGGGCUCACGCGGAACGUGAGCGGGUUUGGGCGCGCAACGGGGCGCAUGGGCGCAGCAACGGCGUCAAUGCGGCCGAUGGCGGGGCUCAUGUUCUCCAACCCGCUCGCCAUGCGCUUUUCCUACUCCGCCAUUGGCGCUGUCACACAAGUGGAAGCCUCGCAGGUGGGCAAGAUGCAGGUGACGUACGGCAACGGGCGGGGCGUGGUGGAGAACAUGUGGGUGGCGGGGCUGUGGGGCAACCAGGCGAUGUCAGACUCGUACAGCAUGGCGCUCAUCUACUCGUGCUUCGUGCCGCCCGCCAACAUUGGCUCGGGGAGAACAAGCGAGAUCUCCUUCCGCCUUCUGUCCCGCUCCCCAUCUGUCUCUCAAGCGGAUGUUGACUCGGCCUUGCAACUGCUGGAGCAGCAAGGGGUCCCAAUGGGUAGGACGUUCGUGGACGUGGUGCAGAUCGGGGCGAUCUGA